AUGUCAACAUUUUCCCUCUUCCCUCAGCUACCAGCCGAGAUCCGCAGUCAGAUAUGGGAGUGCGCGCUGCCUGGUCUGGAACCAGGGGUGCACUUCUUUAGGGCAGGCUGUUGGACCCCGCGCUACCUCAGUCCCUCUGAUGACGAGUAUGAGCCGGACGCAGUGGAUGAUAACCGUUAUGCGAAAUUUGAUAAUACACGAAUUAACAAGACAUGGCUGGCGGUUUCCAUCAUUGAUGUGAAUCGCGAAGCCCGUCAGGCUGCACUACGCUGGGCACAGGGAUAUCAACUACAACUGUGCUUUCUACAAGAGCAGCAAGAACUGGUUUUUCUUCGCCAUUACAGCCUUGAAAAAGAUACGCUCUACGUUACGCCUGGAAGGUGGGAAAGAUUUCUGCAGGAACUAAUGGCUCCCGAUGAUAUGAGGUUUAUGAACAACAUGUUUUCGCUCUCUUCAUAUAUUGAUCGCAUUGUUAUUCCGGAUUCAUUUUUUGAAGAAGCCAUACCAACCCUUCUUCAGAUGUUCCAGACCCAUGAUCUGGAAGCACUCGAGACGCCACUAGAGCCUGUAUCUGAUGAUUUCGAUCCCUCAUACCAGUAUGAGCCAUGUGGAGGAGCAACCGUGAGCUGGAACUCGGAACUUCAAAGGUUUGAUUUUGAAGCAGGAAAUGAAGAGAUUGACCGCCCGGGAUGGCAUCAACUUCUGAACCAAGCUGCUCAAAGUUUGGUCAAAAGUUUUGCUGCAUGCCGCCGAGAGAAGGAACUUUCUAUCAUGGCUGUUCGGCUCUACAAGGUAUAG